UGUUCUGUUCCAGGUAUUUCAUCAAGUGUCUUUUGAUAAUACGUUCCAUUAUUUUACACGCGAUGCAAGUAAGACUGACAGGACGAUAAUUUCCGCAGUCUUACCAAGAACGUUGCCGGCUUACGGGCCUUGAUCCUUUAUGGUUCCGUAGAUUGCCAAAGGGGACUAUUCUUGCUAUGUAAACUCUUAUAUAAUCACACAUUCAACCCACUCACCUCAUUAAGACACCAUGUCCACCCACAACGUAACAGUCACCGGGAGGUCUUUUUAUUUCUUCCUCUGGCACGUACUGUUUAAUAUCGUCGGUCCUUUUCUGUAAAUGCAAAUGCUAUUUGGAAUAAACUACCCAUGAGUGUGAAAUAUCUGCAAAAUUAUCCUUUAUUUAAGAUAACUAUUACUCGAUUUUUGCAUUCAGAGAAUCCCUCACAAAUUUUGGGUGCUGAAUCCACUGAUCGACUCUACCGUAGCGAUGGCGUUUGUGGUCUCUGAACACUAUGGCCGGUCUCGCCAGGGACAAUUUCGUUGGCCAUCAUUGACUCCUGUUCCUCAACUCCUCUACCUUGACUACUCCCAAUUUCAUGAAAGGAAUUGACGUCCGAUAAUCUCCGAUAUGGUUCAACCCUCCCCCCCUUUUUUGAUGGUCGAAUAUCUGCCGCCAGCAAUUUUUUCUCCUGAACCCUCCAAACCAUAAAAACCACCAUCAACUAUACUUUUAUAUUCUUUUCCACAGGAGUUUUCUUCACUGCUGGUCGGUUGUGUGUUAACGCUUCCCUUGACAAUGCCUGUAAACUGGUAUUAAAUAAAAUUAUCAUUAUCAUCACUAUCAUUUGUCUGGCUUGCGGAAGGUUAAUAAUCAUUAACUAAUUUACGCAUAUUUCGAGGGUCAGGUCACCUAACGUAGGCGGAUUUGCACUGGGACAAUGAUGGAUCAGGACUAUGGACGAAGUUCAGAGACUUUCUUUCUGGCACAAGCUCGCCAAGCCCACUCUGGUCUGUCGGGGCUAUGAGGUGGCCAUCCGACCUGUGGGCGGGGCUGUGGUGUGGCGUACAACCGGCAGCCCACUCUUGCCUCGCUACCGCGAAAAAUCAGCGCAUGGGACGCCUUCUUAUCGUCAGUUUUGACACCCCUUAACGAUGUCGAUUUUGUCGUGUGCAACGUAUCCCCGGGACACUUUACUGUGUCGCCCUUAAAUAUGGCACAUCGAGAGCCCGGAACGUUGUGCUCCAGAGGACCUCAGAUUUCUAACUAUAAUAGGUUAAUGGCGUCAUGCGCGUCCCCCACUAUUUCGCACGGUGUAACAGACACGAGUACAUAUUCAGGGUAAGAUUAUUUUAUUAAAUACAAAUAAUGAAAAACCGGUCGAUGAAUAUGUACGAUGAGAACGAAUGUUUCCAAUGGUUACAGCUCCAUGGAAUCAUUGUGCAAAGCGUUAACUUUGAAAAUGGAUUCAUCUUCCAUGGCUGAUUCCUGUAAUUAUGAAAAAUACACUCGUUACGUUUGUGCCGAAUGUAAAUUUGAAGUUUAUAUCCUGCAUACUAUUGCUGCACUUUAAAAGCUAACGUUACGGAUUAAUAACUAUAUUUAUUAUCUUUAUUUAUUUUAAAGGACAAACUUAUCAAGCAGUGAUAUCGUCCAGUAAUUUCGUGUCUAAUUAAGAAAUGAACGACAGUGCAUGCGUAAAAUUUCGUAUAAGGUUUAGCAAUGGUGCUCACCGUGUCCUCCGACGCAGUCAGCAUCAGGCAGUCAGCGAUGUUAGUGAUUCCACUGGGAAGUUAAACACGUGUUUUCCAAUAAUGGAAAACACAGUGAUUUACCUUCUGGGCUCUUUCCCUGCGUUUAACGCGGUCGCCAUAUUGGUUCCUCGAACCAUGGAAUUAGUCAAUGACCGUUUUUCGCAGGAAGUCACUGGUGCAGCGACUGAAAGCAACGUUGUAACGAGAAGCCUCUGUAAUGCUACAAAUGAAUUGUGCUCAUCAUUUAAAAAUAGUUUACAGUAGGCUUCCUACAAAGGACUGUCUGCCCAUGGACCCACCGCAGCAGGAGCUGUGGCACAGAGGCGGCCCGAGCAUGACAGAUAGGAGGUCACGAAUAAACUCCUCGUUCCGUCUUUCGACCACGCUGAGCUUUUUUAUCUACAGGUCGUAAAGUGUAAGUUAAGUUCCAAAUUUUCAUGCCGUCUCUUGCUGACAGCUCGAGUCGGUAUUUAGCAGUCAACUGAAAUCCUCGUAUGCAUCGGAGGUCCAGAUAGGCCAACGCAGCCCACAUGGACUUUGACUGUCAGCAAGACUUGGAGCGCAUAGUUGUGGGCAUUUUUCGGUCAUUGCCGUUCUUUUUUGAUUAAGCUCGUAUAGAACCGUGGCCUGGUCUUUUACAAUACGAUCCAUUCUUUAACUAAUUGAUUUCACUUAAAUCAAAUGGAAAACAUGAUUACCACAUGUAUGUGAUUUCGUUUUGAGCAAAUACAGACAGCUGUUUUAAUUUCUCCUGCAUUGCUGUCAGUUGCUCCUUAACUGGCCUCGGUUUAGGCCGCGAAAUUUACUCCAGGCGCCCGGUGGAACCGGAAGCGCUUUAAUCUUUCCGUGGCCUGCAGAUGGUUAAAUGUUAGUAUGCAUACUGUAGUAUCGGCGGCGGUGCUGACCAAGUGCCUAGCGGUCUUUGAGUUCGUCUCGGCCGAGAUAGCGCAAACUGGUCACCGACAUCAUCGUCGUCACCCCCUCCGAAUCAGACGUAAGUUGGCAGGCAAAUUUACGCCAGGUAAGAUAAUAUAGCACGCCUACCUAGUCCUGAAGACCCUGCCCAUUUGCGCGAGCUCCGAACUGGAGAGGUUGGACGUCUGUUCGACCUUUCGUGCCACACGGCCGGCCCUCUCCAGAAUGAGGUCUACCUCUAAAACUCUCACUGGACAAACCGCAGUGCGAGUGGGAGGCGUUCGUUUCGCCCUAACGGAGCGGACCACUGCUUGUCCGCCUUCGAGCACAUUACGCAGUCCUCGCUGUAGAACCGCACAUCGGUCACAACCACAACCGUUUUUCCAUUUAAAAGUCAAAUACUGAAUACAAAUGUGUGAAAAUGUGCAGUCUUACUCGUGCAUUCAACGCAUGUAGUCAUUGGAUGAUGAUGAUGAUGAUGAUGAUGAUGAUGAUGAUGAUGAUGAUGAUGAUGAUGAUGAUGAUGAUGAUGAUGAUGAUGAUGAUGAUGAUGAUGAUGAUGAUGAUGAUGAUGAUGAUGAUGAUGAUGAUGAUGAUGAUGAUGAUGAUGAUGAUGAUGAUACAUUAAAAGAAUCACUAUAA